AUGACCGUGGAAUGUCCACAAUCAUUUACAUGGGAAUGUGAGGAAUUAAAUUGCUGUGAAAGUUAUCACUUUCGUGUGAUAUUACUUUUCAUUGCAAUUAGUAUUUUUUUAACAGCACUUUUGGUUGCCGCUGUUUGGUUAGCAUUUGAAUUUAGGAUUUCUUACAGAAGGAAGCGUUUACAAGAGAUGGAUCAAUUUCGCAAUGAACUUGAAAUGCGAAGUUUUGAGGAAGCAAAAUAUUUGCGACGGAUGUCACAAAACAAACAAAAAAAACCCCCACAUUUUCCGCCUGAUUACUGAGAGUUGUGAUUUCUGCAGUUGAAACCCAAAAUUUUACCAGAUCUGAGUUUCACAAAAUAUGGGAUAAGGAGAGAAUGUUAAUGGUUGCAAACGAAUUUCUCAAUAUCUUCAUUAUUUGGAAAUUAAGUAUUUCCAUUUUUGAUAUCAC